AAGCUAUGGAGCAGUGUCACCUUGGGGGCAUCUGAAGGAGAGGAUAUAUAAAGGCAAGAGUUGAGGUAUAAGGAGACUCUUUGCCAGAAGCAGUGGGAGAGAGAACCUGGCUGAGGAGAGAGGAACUUUAGGACCUGACUGGAUCCCCCACUGCACCAAUCAGCAACUUGGGCAGGGAGCUUGGCUCAGGGAACAGACACCGGUUUGUUUCUGAAACUGGUUACCAGGACUGAGACAGGAACGGCCUCCUUCUGCUCCUCUGAUAGGAGGGGGAGAGAACAGAAGGGACUCAGAACUUGGCCAGGCUUUGGAGGAGAAGAAAAGGAAACCGGAUCUUGUCUUGCCCUGUUCCCUUGGGUCAGGGUGGAGGGUUUGCUCUAACCACUGAACUUACCUGCUAUCUCACCAGAGCCUGGGGAUUCCUGUGCAGAAGCAUGAGCAGUAGUACAUCCAUUUUCCUGCCUGUCCCUCAGCAGGACAACUCAGGCUUCUGGAGAAAUUGGGAAAGAUUUCCAGCUGGAGCCAAUCAGCAGAUCCACACCCUGCCACUUACCCCCGUGGCCCGGAAAAAACAGCCUCUGUCUCUACAGUCUCAUCCUUCCUACAGGGAGAACAAACUCCACACCUGUGCUGGGUACAAAGGUUCCAAGGACUCACAGGAAGGUGUCCUCUACGUCUCAGACAACAUGGCGACCUCGGCCCAUGAGGAGAAGCUGUUUUUGCUGAACAAGACUACAGAGCUCCAGAGGCUCAACCAAAAUGGAGGCUCCGUGAAGGGGACGGGCCCUCCUAGGUCUCUAUCCAGCCUGCAGCUGUCCAGGAAACCCCUUCUGGUAUUGAUCUAAAGCAAUGUGGCCCAAUUUUUCAGCAUGCUACUGGUAUUUGCCAGUUUGCUAUGCUCUUGAUAAUGGAUUUACACGGCCUACUUUUUGUGUGUGUAUGUAUGUGUGUGUAUACAUGUGUGUGUUGGUACUAUAUUUGCAUGGGGGGGAGGAGAAGUUUGCAUUACAAUAUUUUACGAUAAAUGUUCCCGAGUGCUCUUCUUUAUUCAGAAAAAAGUUUUCAAAAGCCACGUUUUUGCAUAAUUGUUGCAUAAUAAGCGAUAUUAACAAAUAGCAACGAAAGCAGCUUUGCUCAUUACAUGAGAGGACGGGAUCAGGGCCACGGGAUGUGAUUCAGGAGUCCUAGCACCAAAUGAUUUCUCAACAAGAAUCUUGGAAAUGAGCAUGUAGGCAAAGUUGGACUUCAUACAUACAUGUGAAAGGUAGGGUUUCAACUGCUUCCUCCCCGCCCCCAGAAAGCCCUGUGAGUCCAGGGUGAGUUCGCAGGAAAAGGAAAGAAAGCCAAGUUCAGGCUCAGGUCGAAAUGACCGAGGACCUCUAAGGAAGGAAGAAGUCACCCCCGCCCACUCUCCAACGUUGCUAUAAAGUUCCUCCUGAUUGGGUGCUAGGUAGAGAUUGGGCAAAGCUCAAGGCAAGAGAGGGUGGCGAUGGUGAAAGAGAAGGGGGAUGAGGGAAGGUACAGCCGGUAAGCAUGGAGAGUGGCAAAGGAGAAGCUUAUUAUUAAUGGGCUAGCACUCCAGAGGGCCCAUUGGAAGGGCUGGGGAGUCUCUGGGAGGGGCAAGGGAGCAGGGUUGGGUUGAGUGGGAUAGGAAUAAAGGAGAUAGCAGUGGGGGAUGAUUUCAAUAAUGACAAGAGGGCUUCUGAUCAGAGAGCAACUCCCAGGUAGCCCUCCAGGGGCCACAAUGGACCGUGGAGGGUCCUGGUAUAUUCUGUGGGCUGAGAGGCUGAGUUGGUCAUUGUCCUGGCCCCGAGGCACCUCCAUCACCAGAGUCACUUUGGUCUUUACAGAUUUUGAAGCUGAAUCUGGAGUGGGACCAUAUCUAUCGCAUGUCUACCCUGCAAAUGCAGCAGAAGGUGAAUGCUCUGAAGAUGGAGGUGGCCGGCCUCAAGAAGUGCAUCGAGCACCUGAUCAGAAAGAUCGAACACGAGCAGAACAAGAAGGAGUAUUAUAAGCAAACCCUUCUCCAGGAGUGUCAAAAGAACCAAAAACUACAGGAAUACGUGAGACAGCUUGAGAGUAAACUGUACCAGAAAAAUGAGAGACGGACCCUGGUGAAUUACUUAGAAGACUAUGAUACUUUUUCAACCCCAAUGACCAGAAAGGGCUUAAAGAACAAAGGACAGAAGAUCGUGUACUGUAAGCAUCUGCUGGAUGUCCCCAACCUGGAGAAAGAGACCGCAAUGUUUGAAGCUGAUCCUCUGACACAGUAUAAAGACUGGGAAUGGAUAAAAGCCGAAAAUGAAAGUCUGCGCAAGAAGGAAGAGGAGAUGAGGCAGCAAAUGUCAAUUUUGCAGGAAGAGCUCAAGACAUUUGAAGAUGACUUUUGGAAGGAGCACUGCGACAAGCAAGUGUCCCAACAGCUCCUGAACAAUUCUCAGGGCGCCAGCACUGUGGAUAAGGCCUGUGAGUGCAAAGUCAAGGAAAAGCUGACUGCUUCUGCCAUAGUCACCUCUUCCUGGCGCAAGCCAGGCAGCAGCAGCAAGCAAUACGAGCCCCCUACGCUGAAAUGCGAUGAGGGUGAUAAACUCUAUAAGAAGCCUGAGCCCAUAGCCCGGGUGCCCAUCUCUUACCUAGACUAUUAGGAAGGCCUCCGGGGAGCUCCCCCAUCUCCCCCCUCUAUUUUCCUCAAAGCUUAGGCAAACAUCUCUAGAUUGUAGGGCACUAACUUUCAAGUGCCAGCCUCCCGGGAGGAAGUACUACUAUAUACAGAAGUCAUCUCGGUCCUGGCCAGAUGGGGCCAAGAUCAAGAGUGGGACGAGCUACACGAGCAAAGUCACUUGGCCAAAUUUGAGUCAUUUUGUUUGAAGCAUGAGUUAGACUUGAACUCACCUCCUCCCCACCCAAAGGCUGAAAAUGCUCUUAGCUUAAGUCACCUAGCAUUAUAUUCUGGGACAAGAAAGUCUACUGUGGACAGCGUAUGGCUCCAACUGCAGCAGAAGCAGUAGAAAGAAAAUAAGCUCCCAUUAACUAGAGGGCCAUGUCAUAGAAAAAUAAACUAGCAGGGAAGGGAAGGCAGUACCCUUCAGAUCUAGAGCUUGGGGAGAAUUCAUAGCUAAGUCAGACAUAGAGGAGAUCACAAUAGAUAAAAUAGACUUUUGUUUUGGAUUAUAUGAACUUGAAGUACUUUUGCACCAACAAAAUCAACAUAAUAUUAAAAAGAGAAACUACUGUUAGGGAAUAUGAUAUUCAUAGUGUACAUCUCUGAUAAAGGUCCAAUAGCUUAGAUUUAUAUAGAACUAAUACAAAUAUAUGAGACCAAGAACCAUUCCGCAAUAGAUAAGUGGUCAAAGACUAGGAACAAAGUUUUUGGAUUGAAUGUAAAUAAACAAUGGCUUUUUGAAAAACUGCCCCGUAGCACUAAGAAGAACAGAAAUAAUCAACAAAACAACUCUCUAUUUAUAUGGGAUCAGAGAGGAUAAAAGAUGGAAAUUGUUAAGGUUGCUAUUAUGGGGCUAUUAUGGGUAAAAAAAAAAAAAAGUGAAAAAAGUGAAGCUGGGAAUUGGGUCUUGGAACUCUGUUAAAAAUAUCUAAUCAUUUAGAUCCUUUGACACAGUGAUAUUAUGUUGAUGACCAUUUAGCAUAAGAUCAAUGAUUGAGCGAAAGAUCCCAAACAUAAUCAAAAUAUGACACGAUUACCUUUUGUUGUAGCAAGAAACUGGAAACAGGAUAGAUGCCCAUCGCUUGAGGAAUGGUCGUACUAGCUGUAGUGUGUGAAUGUAACAUGUUAUUUUUCUGUAAGAAAUGAAUUUGAGAAUCACUAGGGAUUUUGAACUUAACCUCUCUCUUAAGUUGUUUUUUGUAGCGCCUUGGUUAUCAGAUUAUCUCCUGGAAGUGGAGGUUCUCUCACCAUUUCUCUUUAGCAGCCCUAAUUUUCAGGACAAUUGAUCUUCACUCCAGCCCUUCAUUCACCCGGUGAAAGGGGAAGCCAUGUUCUUUUUUAUUUUUCUCUCUCCUGUCCACCCCUCCCCUAAACCUCCACCAAUAUUUUUAGUUAAUAACAGCAAGAACAACAAAUAAAGAAAAUUAAGUAUGGUGAAAAA